AUGAAUGUGAGUUCUCAGGACUUCAUUUCUCAAUCCAUAUUCACCCAAAAUAUAGUCUAUAGGGUUCAUUGGCUUUGUACCAAGGCUUUGCGUGACCAUUGGGCAGAAGAAUUCCUACUUGUUACUCAUGAGAUGUGUUGGACCAUACAAUUUCUGGUGCACAAAGCUGAAAAAUGGCUGGGCCAAACAAAUCAGAAUGGGGAAUUGGGGCAGGAUGGACACAGGUGUUAUGCCAUCAGACAAGCUCAAAUGUAUAGAUGGUUGGCAGAGGACACUCACACCCAGUUUUUGAAGGUCGAUCUGACAUUCAGGCACAAUUUCAGUUAA